CCACCCACAGGCCGCUGGGUUCAGAAGGCUGCCGGGUCCUUCCUCUCCUCCAAGUGCAGGCAGAGUCACCUGGAGCCAUGGCCAGCCCUUGUGGCAGCCCCGAGGACACGGGCAAGCUCAGAGGCAGGGAUGGCCGGCAGAGGCGGGAGGAGGAGGACGCCCCUCCGGAGGAGAAGAGGUUGAGGCUGGGGCUGGAAGGAGGAAGCGCAGCGAAGGAGGAAGAAGACGCGCCACGUCUGGGCAGGGAAGAGACCGGCACCCAGACAGGUGGCGAAGACAGAGGUGAUCCACUGUCCCUGCCAUAUAGCCUGGUCGAGGGUCAGGACUACACAUCUGAAAAUUCAGCCCUCCUGUCCGGUGCCAAGAACAGCCCACAAGACCCAGUUUCGGCAAGCCUGGCUGCCAGCAAAGCAGAGUUCAGCCUCUGGCGCAUUAAGGGAGCUGUGGAAGAUGCAGACAACAGGCACAGAGUACAAAGAUGCUGCUCAGAGGUCACCAGCAGAGUGACCAUCCUGGGGAAUGUUAGCUGGCGUCACCUGAUGGGUACCUCCGAGAAACGGAGGGUGGAGGAGCCGUGGUUUUCCCACUCGCAAGUUACUAGCUGUGCAGGUGAGAGAGCGCCAGCUUGGGUCUCAGGAGCCUGGGGCUCUGUGUGGCAUCAUGUGUCACCUUAAUGGCUCAGGCUCACUUUCCUCAUGGACCCUGUGCUGGUAACUCGCCUCCUUUGGACCCAUCGCGUGGGUGUUGGAGGGGGAUGUGGAAUAAAGAGCUCGG